GGUUUCCGGCCGGCGUCCUGAGGCCGACGCACAAGAUGGCGGCGCCGGUGGCCCGCAGGAGGUUGCAGAUUGAGGCGAGUUGUUGAGUUGUGGCACGCGGAAGGGGAUCCCAGUCAAGCCUCGCUCAGGUGACAGGUGGUCGGGCAGCACCGUGGGCCCCGUUGCGGUGCAUGGCCUGCUCUCUGGUGUCUUCAGUUUUUACCGCCUCCCAAACCCUGUCCCCGGGCGGAACCUAAAGGAAGGUCAGGCCAGGCUGUCCCGCCUAUCUUCGUCCUGGGGCGGUUCCCCUGAGUGGCUCACUUUUAGAAUUGACUUUAGCCACGUGUAGCUUCAAUGGCUGAAGUGCAGGCCCCGGGGGAGAAGAUCAGUAUCCAGGCAGGAGAGACUACCAAGGUCGGGGACAGGGACCCGCUGGAGAACGACUGGCCCGAGCAGGACAGGCUUACACAACGGUCCUGGAGACAGAAGUGCGCCUCCUACGUGUUGGCCUUGCGGCCCUGGAGCUUCAGUGCCUCACUCACCCCUGUGGCUCUGGGCAGUGCCUUGGCCUACAGAUCCCAGGGGGUCCUGGAUCCCAGGCUCUUGGUGGGUUGUGCAGUGGUUGUCCUGGCUGUGCACGGGGCCGGCAAUUUGGUCAACACUUACUAUGACUUUUCCAAGGGCAUUGACCACAAAAAGAGUGAUGACAGGACUCUUGUGGACCGAAUUUUGGAGCCCCAAGAUGUUGUUCGAUUUGGAGUCUUCCUCUACACCUUGGGCUGUGUUUGUGCCGCUUGCCUCUACUACCUGUCCACUCUGAAACUGGAGCACUUGGCUCUUAUCUACUUUGGAGGCUUGUCUGGCUCCUUUCUCUACACAGGAGGUAAGCAGGUGCGCAAGGGUGGAAGAACAAGGACCACAUCAGAGGCCCCUGAGCAGCCCAGGCAAGAUGUUUGGUGGCUUGCAUCAGGCUGGCGGCCACAGAGAGGAAUUGGAUUCAAAUAUGUGGCACUGGGAGACCUCAUCAUCCUCAUCACUUUUGGCCCACUGGCUGUGAUGUUCGCCUAUGCUGUCCAGGUGGGGUCCUUGGCCAUCUUCCCUCUAGUCUACGCCAUCCCUCUGGCCCUCAGCACGGAAGCCAUUCUCCAUUCCAACAACACCAGGGACAUAGAGUCUGACCGGCAGGCUGGCAUCGUCACGCUGGCGAUCCUCAUCGGGCCCACCUUCUCCUAUGUGCUCUACAACACGCUGCUCUUUCUGCCCUACCUGAUCUUCAGCAUCCUGGCCACACACUGCAGCAUAAGCCUGGCACUGCCCCUGCUCACCAUCCCCAUGGCCUUCUCCCUUGAGAGGCAGUUCCGCAGCCAGGCUUUCAACAAGCUGCCCCAGAGGACAGCCAAGCUCAACCUCCUGCUGGGGCUUUUCUAUGUCUUUGGCAUCAUCCUGGCACCAGCAGGCAGUCUGCCCAGACUCUGAGGAGACCAGCAGCUCUCACCACAGCGCAGUCCCUCCUUAGGAUGGGUAGAAUCCAGAGACUGAGCAGGGGUGCCACUGGCCAGGGUGGGUGCUCAGCAGAGUGGGUGAGCUUCUGCCCUUGUGUGUUGGGAUUAUCUUUGUAAAGAUAUGAAACUGUUCUAGUGUCCGUAGAUGGAUUGGACACACUGUCCUUGUGUUAUUUAUAAUCUCCACUAGAGGGUGUUGUCAGGCCACUUUAGGAGGAAAGGUCCAUCUUCCCCUGUUCUAGACAGUAUAUCCUAACAGUCUGUGAAGGAGCUGUGUCCCAAAAGGGCCGUAGUGAUGAGAUACUGUACUGUCCUGUUACCUUUGCAUGUAGGAAGUGGCAAUAAUUGGUGCCAGGCCCCAUUUGCAGGGAGCACCUGUCGCCCAAAUGAAUGUGCUGCCUGCUAGAGAAAGUCCCUCAUUAACAUAAAGUUCCCGGCUUUUUGUGUAGGUGGUGGUUCAGACAUUUCUGUCCUUCAUCUCUCCUUUCACUCAUCACCACUGUUGAGGAAAGUGGCAGUUCACCCCGCAGCAAAACGAUCAAGCCUGGGGCACCUGAGAAAAGCUUUCGUGCGUUGUGGUGGGGGUGGGCUGCUUCCCCUGUAGAGUCCACUAGGAUGGCAGUAAUUAUUGGGACCCAAAGCGGUAGUAUCCAGACUGGGCAGCAGUAACACAUGAGUCAGCGUACUUCUCUGUCCACAGAGCCACAGGAUGGGCAGAGCAGGGCUUGCUGAAUGUACAAGCCAACGGACAACAGUCCUGGCCCCACUCUGCUAGAUUGAGAGACCCUGCUAGUGAAAGGUCUAUGAAAUACGUCCCUCCUCUCCUUGUGCUCUGUUGCCUGUCUUGUUCAGAGGGUGGCUUCAGUGAGAUCACAUCCAAAGGAUGUUGUACCCUUCGAAGUGUGACACCUUGUGUUGAGAUGACCACACCAUCCUCAAUGAGCUUCAUUCUGUGACCAGCUGUCCUGGAGGGUACUACAGGUUCUUGGCCUGCAGAAAACCACCUUGAGUUAGCACUGGGUCAUUUCCUUGGGAAAAAAACGUAUUUAAAAACUGCCCAGAGUUCUUCUGUAGUCAGCGUGGUUUGUUUACCAGAGAGCCGGGGUCCCUGAGCUUGGAUCAGGGACCGGAAACCUAGGGAAGGGGUGCUCCUUUCCUGUUCUCCCCAGCAUGCCAGGUUUGUGGCAUGUGGUGGUUUUGGGUGUCCUGCCUUUGGAGAAGCCCCUAUGACCUCUGUUGGGAAUGACCAUUGUUACCUGGAGCUUGGAGGGCCAGCGGCUCUCAGGGCCACAAGCCAGGCCUGACACAUGACUACCCUCUCAAAACUGGGUCAGCUGCUACACCUUGCUGGGUGCAGGUUUUAAUGUCUAUUUUUAUAUAUGAUCCACAAAGGCCAUAUUUGGGGCCACAUUUUUUAUACAGGCCACCAUAAUUUGUAUUCUGUCUCCUGAUUCAAUGAAAGUUUCCUAUAGAUUUGUUAAUUAAAAUAAACAGUAUUCAUGAGCA